AUGCGCAAACAAAAUAUUUUAUCAUUUACAAGAGAUGAAACUAAAAAGCCAUCUAUUAAUAGAGAAAGACAUGUUAAUCAUUAGAUGGCAAUUAGCAUUGAUUCACCAAAAGAGUUCUAAUUUCAACAUGCAAAAAUUGAAGAUAUCCUUUUUGUUAGACCAUCUGACGUAUCCAAUCAAUAAGGUAAACUUUUGUUGGGUUAGAAGACUUGGAAUAAAAAAGGAUUAAAUGGUAUGGCAAGGCAGUAAAUUUAUAAAAUGAUAUUUCAUUUAAUUUAAGACCCAAUUUGAGUACUCUACAAGAUAAAAAAGUCAAUGAAUCUAUUCAAGAAACUGAAGAUCGAGUAAUUAGAUAAAGAUAAACUAAAUGCAGAUUCAAUGAUAAAAUUUCUAAUAGAACCUACGAACUUGAACUCAAUGGAAGAUACUUAGAUUAAAAAUGCUCUUUCUAAGACAACUACACACUCUACUCCAAAUAAUCAUUUAAACUCAAAACAGGGAUAUUUGAACAAUUCAAAAAUGCUUAGCUUCUCUAAACAAGAGGCAAUCAAUAUGAAUGUUUCCUUCAAAAACCUAAUUAUUUAGAUUAUAGCAAAUAAUUAGAUUAUAGGAGUAUUAAGAAUAAACUCAAUCCACUUAAUAAAGCAGAUACUAAUGUUACUUUGUUUGAUACUCCAAUCUAGUAUUAGAAUGAAUUGAAUCGUAAAAUUAUUACAAGCUAAAUUCUUUAAUCAAUUAAAAAGCAGAAGAGGAAGAGGACAAUCUCAGAAUAUUGA